CUACUUCAGGUGCUGAGCGGAGCCAGCAGUGCCAAACCAGGCUGUUCAGGCGGGACAAUACAGUUCAUCAGUCUCUGCUGGAGCACUGUGCAGCACUGCUGUCAGCAGUCAGCACCGAGCUGCUCGGGACCCCCCUGCCUGCGUCCGGUCCUGCUGCUCUGCACCCUCCCUGUAUUCCCGCAUGUUCCCUGUAUUGCCACACUUUCCCCGUGUUUGCACGCUUUCCCUGUAUUCCUACACCCUCCAUGUAGUCCCAAACUCUCCCUGUAUUCCUGCAUGAUCCCUGUAUUUCCAUACUUUCCCUGUAUUCCCGCAUGCACCCUGUAUUCCCACACUCUCCUUGUAUUCCCUCACCUUCCCUGUAUUCCCAUACCCUCCCUGUAUUCCCACACUUUCCCCGUAUUCCCACACCCUCCCUGUAUUCCUGCAUGUUCCCUGUAUUCCUGCUCCCUUCCUGUAUUCCCACACGUUCCCUGUAUUGCCACACUUUCGCCGUGUUUGCACGCUUUCCCUGUAUUCCUACACCCUCCAUGUAGUCCCAAACUCUCCCUGUAUUCCUGCAUGAUCCCUGUAUUUCCAUACUUUCCCUGUAUUCCCGCAUGCACCCUGUAUUCCCACACUCUCCUUGUAUUCCCUCACCUUCCCUGUAUUCCCAUACCCUCCCUGUAUUCCCACACUUUCCCCGUAUUCCCACACCCUCCCUGUAUUCCCGCACAUUCCCUCUAUUCCCACACUCUCUCUGUAUUCCCGCACUCUCUCUGUAUUCCCGCACAUUCCCUGUAUCCCCGCACUCUCCCCGUGUUGCCGCGGGCUCCGCGGGCCCGGCCGCGCUCCCCGUGUGUGUGCCGGCCGGGGCAGAGCCGGCCGGGGCAGAGCCCGCCGCAGCCACGGCCACAGCGUGACCAAAGGUCAGCCGCGCCGCCCGGUUCCGCCGUGCCCUGCCGCCGGGCGGGCUCGGUUCCUCCUUCGCCUGGGGCGGCAGGGGAAGCGCGGUGAGCGCAGGCAGCGUGAGCUGUGCCCUGCCGGGGACAGCCCUGCGACAGGCAGCGCCAUGGCCCGGCGGGAGCGGGAGCGGAGCGAGGCGCAGCAGAAGCUGGCUGGCAUCUCCCGGCCCUUCUCCUUCCUGGAUGCCGCCCAGCCCCGAGCGGGCGGCCCGGCCCGCGGCUCCCACCUCUGGCCUGCCGCCCUGGGCAGCAGGGAGCGCUUCCACACGCUGCAGAAGAUGGACACCAACAAAAGCAUCAACUGGGGCAGGCACAGCCUGGGGAGCUGGGGCAGGACGUCGGGCAGGUUCUCCGGUAGCCCCAGCAGUACCCGGAGGAGGGAGCUGAAGGAAAUCCUCCUGCAGAGCAACAGCCCUGGCAGCACCAUGCGGUUUGCCACUGCCCAGAAGACAUCCAGCAGCAGCAGUCUCCCUGCAGGGCUGCACCACGAGCAGAAGCCUGAGCAGAGCCCCGAUCUGCUGCCGCUUGUCCUCGACCCCCUGGAGCACGCCUGGCUGCUGACGGUGGCCGAGGGCGAUGCGGACAGCAUCAUCAAGCUGCUGGACCUGGAUCCCAGCCUGCUGACCAGGAGAGACUUUGUGACAGGCUUCACCGCUCUCCACUGGCUUGCCAAGCACGGCCACCAUGAGAGCUUCAUCCAGGUCAUCUCCCACGCCCAGAAGAAAGGCUACCCUGUCAACAUGAACAUCCCCACAGCCAGCGGCGGGCUCACCCCUUUGCACCUGGCUGCCUUGCAGGGACACGAGGUGCUCAUCAAGGUGCUGGUGGGAGCUUACGGGGCAGACACCACCUGCAGGGACCACAACGGGCGCAAGGCUUGGCAGUACCUGCCAGCAGGCACCUCCAGGGACCUCAAGGAGCUGGCAGGGGCCUUGGAGGAGGACUUGGUCCAGCUGCACUCUCACAACACCAACAACAACUGUAAGUCAUCCGGAGAGGCUGGGGCAGGGCAGGACUCUGUGGACUCUGGGGCUGAGGGAAAAGCCCAGCACUCCUGGGGCCUGUCGACCCUGCGAGGCUUUGUUAGACAGGCCUUUGCUUUCUUCCAGGAGCGCUGAAGCUCCUGGCUCCAUUCACCGCUUAACCCAUGCUGGAUAGCAGCUGGAAAAGCCUGCAGGGACCUGGGAACUUGGCUGCUCAAAAUCCUGGCCAAGUGAGGGACCAUGGCCACCCUGGGUCUUGUGGUCUUUUGGGGCUGUUCCAGUGUGUGUGUGGAGCACCAUGGCCAUUGGGAGCAGUACCUUGGGACAGCCCUUCCAAAAAACUGCCUGUCUGCAGAGGGGGUUGUGCCCCCUGCCCCCGUGGAUGGGGACUCCUUGCUGCAUCCCAGCAGACUGGGAUGCCCCGUGUUUGGGGCUCAAGUGUCAGCUCUGCUGUGGGGGGCUGCUCCAACCCCCUGCGUGCCCACAGGAGGAUGCUGACCCACCACGUGUGGAUCUCAGGCUGCAAACGCCUUCCAGCUCCCCGAGAUCUCCCGAUCUCUGCCAUAUGCACCUUCUCUGGGUUCAUCUUUGUUUAUGACAGCUGAUUAUAAAGCUGAUUCUCAGUAGAGUAAGAACUAAGGGCCCUGCUUGUCAGAAAAGUCCAGGACAAGAGAAGUCUUUCUGAAUGCAAAACAACUCACACUGGCAGUCCUUCCCUUGAGAUCCCCAUCCCAGGAAGCCUGAAAUGCUCAGUCUCAUUAGGAAUGGGGGCCAGAGCAAAGGAAAGACACAAGGGGGGCAGCACGUGGUGGCUCCUGUGGGGAUUAGAGUUCAGCAACAGCUCUGGAAAGAUGAUUCAUUCUCAGAAACUGUGGAAAAGGUAUGUGAAGGCUGUGAGAUUAUUUUUAUUGCUACUGAGGUCAUGCUCAAAAAUGAAAAUGAUGAACAUUGCUGCAGCAGCAUAACAGUGUGUGUAUGUCUCAGUCACUGCAUUAAAAGGGCAAAGCUUCUGCUCACCUGUUUGUGUUUUGUUCACCAAGUGUUCUGCCCUGAUGAUUUCAACUUACUUCUUACAUUCUCAAAGACCAGUACUGCUUCAAAAUAUCUUCAGAAAAACAACAGCCCCUUCCUGUUUCUCAUCAGCAUGAGACUAUUCCUACACCCUGAAAUAGCAGCCCUGUUUGAGAAGUGAUUCUCAGACAGGAACUGGGGAGUUUCUGUUCCCCAGGGCAGCCCUUGCAGGGACAACUCCUUUAGGAGGGCAGUUGUGGUUUUCUGUCCAGCUGCCUUUCAGGGGGCCUGCAGGGGUGACGGAGGGACUCAGGGUGAUCUGGCCUGGCUACACAAGUUCAUUUGCAUCUUGAUGCAGAAAGACACACAGGUAACUUCCUUUGGGGAACUAGAGCUGGGGGGUUUCACAGAUCCUGAGCAAACUCCAGUUAUAUUCAGACUGCUUGGACAUCAAAUAACCCAGUCUGCAGUAAUGACAUGUGGAAGAGCAGCCUCCACAUAAGUGCACAGAGAUCCAGUGACUGGAUAAUGCCCAGUCCAGGUGCCUGGGUGGAUAUGUAGAUGUAUCUGGACAUCUUUUUAAUCCCUAAGGACAGCAGCAGAUACAUACAAAA